AGACCGAACUGGUCUAUUCUAUUGCCAUUCAAUAUUUCAAUAUGACUCUUUAAUACAACGUGGACAAGCACACCGUGAUGGCGGGUCACUUGCUCGAAGAUUCCACCGACCCUUGGAAAUAUGCCAUUCUGUUAAGUAAGUUCGUGCUUUUCUUCAUCGAUGGCGGGAUCGCCAAGUCUUUCGGAGUCCUCAUCCCCGAUGUCGUCGACCGAUACGACAGCAACUUUAAGACUGUUGCCUUCGUUCUGGGUCUACCGAGCACGGUGAUGUACUUUACGGUCCCUAUCACUAUAAUCUUGAUGAAGUUAAUGACUCUCAGGACUAUGGCGAUGAUCGGAGGUCUAUUGAGUGCCUUACCAAUCAUAUGUGCUCCUUGGGCUCCGUCUAUCUACAUACUCGGCAUGAUGCUAGCUGUAACAGGUGUUGGCAUGGCGCUUACGUUCUUCCCAUUAAUGGUAUCCAUCAACAUCUUCUUUCCUAAGUCCUUCAUCUUUUCCAACACACUGACCCUCUUCGGGACAACGUGCGGUGCUUUUCUUGUCCCUGUCAUCAUAGAGAGGUCUUUGGAGGCCUAUGGAUACCGUGGCGGGUUUCUGAUCCUGGGAGGUAUUACACUCCACGCUGUGGUUUGCGGUGCCAUCGUCAGACCACCACGGGUUAGGAGAAGAGAGAACGUAAACUCCUCUGAAGAUGCAGAAGUGGAUUCAUUGACGGCAGCCUCCGCAUCAGGACAAGCCGUCAUAGACCAGGUAGACGUUGGUGAGAUUACAGAUCAACUCUUGCCAGAUACGAUCGAGGAAGACAAAAAAUCAAUGGAGGACAGGGCGAGGUUGUCAAGUGAUGUCGGUUUGUGGUGCUCAUCAUGUGACUCGUUCAUGGCCAAACUGAAGUCAUCAAUCUUCUACCAGGAGAACCUGUACACCCUCGUCGUUCCAUCAAUGAUUUUACAAUGCUUUGUGAUGGCCGCUUGGAUGCUGUUUCUCGUACCUCACGCCGAAGAAGCAGGAGUCGACCGCUCCAAAGCUGUCUUUCUUUCCAGUAUUGCCGGCAUAAGCGGUGUAUUCGGUCGCAUCCUGUACUUAAUUCUCCUACAUUUUAGAUGUGACAGUACCAUCAUCUUCUGUGUCGCCGGCGUUGUAUGUGCGAGUUCCUUUUUCCUCGACUUUGUGAGUUCGGCCUUUAUUUUCCUCGCAGCUAUGGCUUCCAUUCAAGGGUUUACCAUCUUCAUAUUAGACUGUGUACCGCACGCGAUGAUGAAGCUAUCUGUUCGCCACGAAGAGAACAUUCCUCGAGCUAUUGCAACGAAUCCGUUCGUACUUGGGAUAGGUUUCAUGUCAGGAGAUGUGAUUUCAGGUUAUAUCUAUGACGUCACAUUCUCGUUCAGGGUGUUGUUCAUGGUGUACGGUGUUAUUCUCAUCAUCGUUGCAAUGAAUCUGUUGAUCUUCAAACUGAUUAGUCGACAAAGUCAUUAAUAUGGACGUUUCACAACUACAACGGGGGACGGGCUAAACUGCUAAAGAAUACAUCAAACGCACUUAAGAUACCCGUCAAAGAACAAGAAACAGUUGGGACGUCUUUUUUUUUUAAUUGGUGAAGCAGAACCGAAGUUUCGUCGUAAGUUUCGGAGCUGACGAAAAAUUGCAAACUUUGGGUCACAUAACCCAACACUUCGAAGAUUAAGGGAUUUUUUUUUUUUUACAAAUGUACCCAAUACGUGAUAGCGCUCUGUGACGUGAUUACGUGAGUAAGUUGCAAGCCGUCCAGAGUCACUGUUGCUCAGAUUUACUAACCCUCGACGAAGACUGCUUUGUUAUGAUGGGUACUUGACAAUAGAUUGUCGAAGUUCCCGAAGGCGUCGUGAGUCGUUGAAGCGAAAACGCCCCCAAGAUGAGUGGAACGCUUCUGGUACACUCUUACACUGUAAAAACUGUGGUGUCAAAACUGACACUAGCUGGUGCUAAUAGAGGACCACACCCUGAGGUGUUAAAAUUACACAAUAGAGA